CUAAAUCUAAAGCAAAUAUAACCUAUAAAUGAGAACAGUGUAUUACUGCUAUUUAUGUUAAGGCAAGUUGUUAGCAAUAUGAAAUUGCCUCUAGUGGUUAUCCUAGGGGCUACAGGCUCAGGGAAAACAAAAUUAUCAAUAGACUUAGCAAAGAAAUUUGGUGGAGAAAUUUUGGGAGCUGACUCGAUACAAAUAUACAAGGGAAUGGAUAUAAUAAGUGCAAAGCCGACUGUUGAAGAGAGAGCAGAAGCUCCUCAUCAUUUAGUGGAUAUAUUAGAACCACACGAAACAUGCACUGUAUUAGAUUACAGAAACAAAGCAUUGAAGAUUAUUGAUCAUUUAUUUGAUCAAAAGAAGAUUCCCAUCAUUGUGGGUGGUACAAAUUACUAUAUAGAAUCGCUGCUGUGGAAGAUUUUAGUUGACGAUCCCAAUUCGAAGCGGAAAUUUGAGCCUGGUCGAAGCAACAAAGAUUACGAAUUGCCUAGUGAAGAGUUGCAUAAGAAAUUGAAGGAUCUCGACCCGAAAAUGGCGAAUAGACUGCAUCCGAAUAAUAAGAGAAAGAUUAUAAGAUCUUUGGAGAUUCUGGAACAGAAAGGGAUGCUGCAUAGCGAGAUAUUAAACGAGCAACAGAAAUCUGAAGGUGGUAGCGCGCACGGUGGAGGAUUGCGGUUCUCCGACGUUGUGAUAUUCUGGCUGCAAUGGGACAAACCCGUUUUAGAUGAGAGAAUUAAUUCUAGAGUGGACGCGAUGAUGGAAAACGGUUUGGUCGAAGAGUUGCUCGAUUUUCACAGGGAAUACAAUAAGCGUAGACUGCAGGAUGGAAGCGAUCCGGAUUACACGAGGGGCAUAUUUCAAAUGAUUGGCUUGAAGGAGUUCCAUGAAUAUUUAUUGCUGGACGAGUGCCAACGCGACUCCGACGAGGGGAAACUUUUGCUGCAGAAGGGGUUGGACUCGCUGAAAAUGGUGACUCGGCGGUAUGCCAGGAAACAGUGCAGAUGGAUUAACAAUAGAUUAUUGGGAGAUACGGGCAGAACGGUUCCUCCCGUUUAUGGAUUGACCACUGAUGAUUUAGGGAAAUGGCAGGAAGAUAUCACCGAUCCCGCAGUGGGAAUCAUCCAGAGCGUCAUCGACGGCACGGAGUGUCCGUGUAAUCCUCUGCGCAAAAUUAGCACACAGUCGACGCCGAAUUCGCAGGACGAAACGCACUUUUGCGAGGAUUGCCAGAGGGUCUUCGUCGGGCAGCACCAGUGGAAGAAGCACCUGCAUUCUGGAAGACACAAGAGAGCCAAAGAUAGGACGCAGCGGUUGAUGAGGGAGAAAGAGGAGCAGAGCUGUGCAAAAUAAAUGAUACCAGAA